AUGUAUCGACAUCGAGAUCAAGAAGACGUAUGCCUAGCGCCACAAACAAUGUCAACAUAUAAUCCUCUUCACGCGGCCGACGAAUUUACCAUCCGCUCCCCCGACAGCAUUUCCGACGCGUCUCUCGACCGCAAUAGCGGCGGUGGAAGCGUUCACGGGGAAGAUCCCGCCGAUCGCCUCAUUUUUAGCUCCUACGCGGAACGAUCAAGUAGCAUCGGCGGAAGCGGCGAUGGGGGGAGUCGUGGAAGCGGGAGCGGCCACGGAAGCCCUAGCAGUAAUAGCAGUUACUUGCAGCACCGUGAUUUGCAUCGUCUGCAGCAGGGAGGGUUCCCUCCGUCUCUUGCGGCGGAACGGCGGGAUCCGCGGACGAACCGCGUCGGGGGCGCCAAUGACGGACGCGUAUACGCAGCCGAGAUUGAGUACGGCUACGAGCGUUACAGCCAUCCCGGCGCCAAGAGCGGCGCUAUUGCCGCCGGAGGCGGAAACUACAGCCAGGUCGCUUCGCGCGGCGGCAGCGGACGCGCGAGCGGCUUGUGUACGCAACGCUGGAGCUACGAUAGCCCCGCCACAUUUCGCUCUUCAGAAUAUACCGCCGGAAGCGGUUCGAGAGCCCCCGCCGCCGCCGCCGGAAACCGCGCGCGGUACGGUAAAGCUGGUGCAGAGACUGGGUCGUCGUCCGACCUUCGUUUUGGAGCGAGAGGGGGAAUUCAAGGCGCGGGGACGCGGAGAACGGAAUUCAGCGGCUCCAGGGGCGUGUACCCGACGGCUGAGCACGGCCACGCUACAAACGACACGGAAGGUUGGUGGAGGGACGGGAACAGGUACGGAAGGGAAGUAUCCUGCGGCGCUGGGGGGACGGAGGCCGUCAUCAUGACGGGGCAAGGAGGACGAUAUCUCACUGCACAGAGUCCGGAAAGCAGUAGAGAGGCUGCUAGGGUAAUGGCCUUGUUGAGCGCUGCGGUGGAGGACGACGAGGAUGCUGCACAUACGGGCGUGGAUAGCAGUGGUUCAGGAGGCACAGGGCUGGCUAAAACGUCCCAUAUGGCAUCAGCAAAGUCUGUGGUGGCGAUCAUGGCUGCGGUGAUAGUGGUGUUGGUGCUGCUUCCCGCUUGCUUGUCGGAUGUGGGUCCGCCACCCGCAGAGUUGAUGUUGGUUCCUGUGGUUGUGAUGCUCCUGCUGCUCACGCUCAUCCUCACGCCCACCAUCUCUUCGUUCCCUGCUAGAAGCCACCCUUCCUGA